AGCCCUUGCGGCAGCAGAGCGGAAAAGGUGGAGUCUGAUCCAAAAUGAGGGAAAAUAAGAACAUGUCCGAGUCCCACUCUCAAGCGGGAAAAGAAAUACCGGCGAAAAAACAAAAACUAAGCAGUGACGAGAACAGUAACCCUGAUUUAUCAGGAGACGAGAAUGAUGAUGCUGUCAGUGUGGAGAGUGGGACCAACGCAGAGCGCCCCGACACACCCACCAACACCGCCAACGCCCCGGGCAGAAAGAGCUGGGGCAAGGGCAAGUGGAAGUCCAAAAAGUGCAAAUAUUCCUUCAAAUGUGUCAACAGCCUGAGGGAGGACCACGGACAGCCGCUGUUUGGGGUCCAGUUUAACUGGCACAGCAAGGAGGGAGACCCGCUGGUGUUUGCCACAGUGGGGAGUAACCGGGUAACUCUAUAUGAAUGUCACUCUCAGGGAGAAGUAAGACUCUUGCAGUCUUAUGUCGAUGCAGAUACAGAGGAGAACUUCUACACGUGCGCGUGGACCUACGACACCAACACCAGCCACCCGCUGCUGGCCGUCGCCGGGUCCCGUGGCAUCAUCCGGGUGAUCAACCACAUCACAAUGCAAUGCAUCAAGCAUUACGUCGGUCACGGAAACGCCAUCAAUGAGCUUAAGUUUCACCCGAGGGAUCCAAAUCUCCUUCUGUCUGUUAGCAAAGAUCACGCUCUGCGUCUGUGGAACAUACAGACGGACACGCUGGUGGCCAUAUUUGGUGGUGUGGAAGGUCAUCGCGAUGAAGUCCUGAGUGCUGAUUUUGAUCUUCUGGGUGAAAAGAUAAUGUCAUGUGGGAUGGACCACUCCUUAAAGCUUUGGAGGAUCAAUUCCGAGAGGAUGCAGAAAGCCAUCCGAGGGUCUUAUGAGUACAAUCCAUCGAAGACCAACCGGCCUUUUGUCUCACAGAAGAUUCACUUCCCCGACUUCUCGACACGAGACAUCCACAGGAACUACGUGGACUGUGUGCGGUGGCUCGGCGAUCUCAUCCUCUCAAAGUCCUGCGAGAACGCCAUUGUCUGCUGGAAACCGGGAAAGAUGGAGGAGGACCUCGAUCACAUUAAACCAAAUGAGUCAAAUGUGACGGUUCUGGGCCGCUUCGAUUACAGCCAGUGUGACAUUUGGUACAUGCGCUUCUCCAUGGACUUCUGGCAGAAGAUGCUGGCUCUGGGAAACCAGGUGGGAAAGCUCUACGUUUGGGACCUGGAAGUGGAAGACCCACACAAAGCCAAGUGCACCACGCUGACCCUCCCCAAAUGCACGUCGGCCAUCCGGCAGACCAGCUUCAGCCGGGACAGUGGCAUCCUGAUCGCCGUGUGCGACGACGCCUCCAUCUGGCGCUGGGACCGCCAGCGCUGAGGAGCCCACGCUGCUUCCCGUCCUCCCCCUCCCCCCCCCCCGUCGCCGCUUGUCGUUCAGAUUCACGCAGGGCAAGAAACGUCUGCUUGAACAUUUAAUUAUUUAAAAAGAAGCGAGAGAAGGGGAUUGCUUUUUUUUUUUGUCAUGGUUUCUGCCCCUCUGGGAGUUCUUCCUUUCACGUGAACUUUUCUGAGCCGCAACACACACAAACAAAAAGAUGGAACGUCUGUCCAAACGAUAGGAAAGUAAAAAAAAAAAAUGAAUCUGGAUUUAAAUGUACUAUAACAGCAUGUAUUGGACUUCAGGUUCUUGCCCCGUGCGUGCCUUCUAGAUUUCUAUGCAUCUCCUUCAUUGACAGUGAAUCAAUAACACCCAGACAAGUGGAAUCGUCUCAAUCCACUGGCAGGUUUUGUUUUAUCAACACAAAACAGAUAAAACGCCCAAAGAAGGACUUUCUUUGCAGUGGGGCACAUUUUAUAUUCACUAGUACACACACAAAAUGAAGAAUUGUGUCCUUUUAUUAACCACAUUCCUUUGUUUGCGUCGAUGACUUCUCUCUUCCCGCUUCCACAAACACACUCUCUGACUGGAGGCUUCGAGGACACUCAAUAAAAUGUAUUUUAUAAAUAUUUAUACUUGAGUCAGUUUGUGCCGCUAUUCGGUUUUGCUCCUCGACACUUUGACAAGUCUGAUGAAAAACUGCGGUUUUGCGUUUCUCUAAUUUGGCUUUUGUUUUGAAAUUACUUAAUCCCGCUAUAAAAUAAGGUCUGGUUUAUUCACUACUUGUAUUUCAAACUUUUGGGAUUUGAAUAAAAGUAUUUUUCUACAAGUACCGUGGUUUGUA